AUGGAUUCUUAUGACAUUUUAGCUAACCAGCCGGUUGUUAUCGAUAAUGGUUCGGGAGUUAUUAAGGCUGGUUUUGCUGGUGACCAGAUCCCCAAAUACUGUUUUCCUAAUUAUGUUGGACGGCCAAAGCAUGUUCGUGUGAUGGCAGGAGCACUGGAAGGUGAUCUGUUUAUUGGACCCAAGGCAGAGGAACACAGAGGUUUGUUGUCAGUGCGAUAUCCCAUGGAGCACGGCAUUGUAAAAGACUGGAAUGACAUGGAGAGAAUCUGGCAGUAUGUUUACUCCAAGGAACAGUUGCAGACUUUCUCUGAGGAGCAUCCUGUUUUGUUGACUGAAGCGCCACUUAACCCCAGUAUAAACAGAGAGAAGGCUGCAGAAGUGUUCUUCGAAACAUUUAAUGUUCCUGCUCUCUUUAUCUCCAUGCAAGCAGUACUUAGCCUAUACGCCACCGGCCGCACGACUGGUGUGGUGUUGGACUCUGGUGAUGGAGUGACCCAUGUUGUGCCGAUUUAUGAGGGCUUUGCCAUUCCUCACUCAAUCAUGAGAAUUGAUAUUGCUGGAAGAGAUGUUUCUCGAUACCUGCGCUUGCUUCUGCGCAAAGAGGGCUACAACUUCAACACUUCUGCCGAGUUUGAAGUGGUCCGCACCGUUAAAGAGAGGGCCUGCUAUCUAUCUCUGAACCCCCAGAAGGAUGAGACUUUAGAAACCGAGAAGGCACAAUAUGUGCUGCCAGAUGGAAGCACUUUAAAUAUUGGUCCCUCCAGGUUUAGAGCACCUGAACUGCUGUUUAGGCCUGACCUUAUCGGAGAUGAAAGUUCAGGCAUUCACGAGGUGUUGGCUUAUGCCAUCCAAAAAUCGGACAUGGACCUUAGACGAACUCUCUUCUCCAACAUAGUUUUAUGUGGAGGAUCCACACUCAUCAAAGGUUUUGGGGAAAGAUUGCUUACUGAAGUCAAGAAGCUUGCACCAAAAGAUGUAAAGAUAAAGAUCUCUGCUCCUCAAGAGAGGCUGUACUCCACAUGGAUUGGUGGAUCUAUUUUGGCAUCUUUGGACACCUUUAAAAAGAUGUGGGUGUCAAAACGGGAAUAUGAAGAAGACAAAGCACGUGCCAUUCACAGGAAGACCUUCUAG